GGGAUUUCUAGCCCGAGGUGGCAACGCUGCGGCGGGCGGGCCAUGUGGGGGCCUUCGAGAAGCGGCAGACGACGAGACGCACGCAACAGCAGGCUGACCGCAGCGACCACCACGAUCACACGACGCCAUGGCUGCUGCUCUGAGAAGAUUCAUCCCCCUGUUUGACCGCGUGCUGGUUCAGAAGGCGGAGGCCAUCACCAAGACCUCCUCUGGCAUCCUGAUCCCCGAGAAGUCUGUGGCCAAGGUGCUGACUGGCAAGGUGGUGGCAGUGGGCGAGGGCCAGCGGACAGAGAGCGGCAGUCUGAUCCCUCCUGCUGUGUCUGUCGGGGAUGAGGUUCUCCUGCCAGAGUUUGGCGGCACAAAAGUGACACUGGAAGAGAAGGAUUACUUCCUCUUCAGGGACUCCGAUAUCCUGGCUAAGCUGAAGAGCGAGUGAUCCCGACAUGGCAGCUAGUGCACGUGUUCCCAUAGAGGCAUUGAAGUAAGGUUUUCUAUAAAGUGAGGAAUUCCAGCAAGUCUUCAAAAAGACUUGCCUCCAGUUGUAGAACUUUUUAUAAUUUAAUCAUGUACUGUUUUGUAGGAUGUGAGAUUAAAACCAUGACCAUUGGCAAGAUAUAUACAUGCCAGGUUAUGUGAAUGAUUGUUAUCACCACUUUUCAUGAAGACCCAACAUUUCAUUACUAUAUCAUCAUCAUGUGAUGUGCAAAUACAGUGUAAAUAUCUAGAUUAAUUGUUUUCAAAAUAUAUUGCUUGUUUUGA